CCGAGGAAGUGCUGUUUUGAACUCGGUGCUCGGUUAUAAGGUUUCUUCAAGUCGCUCGUUAUUUUCCCGCAGACUCUGAAUCUGCUGGUGCUGGAAGGGCUGGAGCUUAGACUCGGAAUACAGGAGAGAGAUUCCGAGCGCAGCGCCCGCUUGCCUCUGCAGACGGGACAGGCAGCUGCUGCCGCCGCGGGACCCGGAGAGGAAGCAGCAGUAGGGCGGCUGCUCAUCUUCGGGCGGCUAAGAAAGGCAGUGCCAGCCCUCUCACUGUAAGCUUCAGCUGGGACCCAGUGGGUGGCUGGCGGGUUUCGUUCGCUCUCCAGACGUUGGCCUGGAACUUUGAACAGACUUGGUCUGGUGGCAGUCCCGCCCUUAUUGCGGCUUCCAAGAACUCAGUCCUGCAACUGACCUGACCUUGGUGUAGGUCUCUUCUGAGUCCAAGUCCAGGUGCAUGCUGUGUCUAGCCUCACCCAGCCACUGGAGGCCGUGAAACCCUGGCUACGUAUCUCGCCAUGCUGUCUUGUGAUAUUUGUGGAGAAACACUAAGUUCAGAACCAGACAUGAAGACUCAUCUCCUCAUUGUUCACAUGGAAAAUGAAGUUAUAUGUCCAUUCUGCAAGUUGUCUGGCAUAAAUUAUGAUGAAAUGAACUUUCAUAUUGAAACUGCUCAUUUUGAGCAGGACACACAAGAAAGAAACUUUGAGAGAUUAAAUGUGAUGCAUUACAGAAGUUCAGAGAACAAUGACAGCACCUUACAGUGUGGAAUAGAGGCUAAUUCAAGUAUUCAUUCAGCCUGUGCAUCUAAUCAUCCAAAGAAAUCAACUCAAAAUCUGUGUGAGGAUGGUGCUUUAAAACAUGAAGAAUUUUAUUCAGAGAAUUUAACCAAGUCAACAAAACGCGUGCGUAGUGAGGAAGGAGAGCCUAGUAUGCCAAGAACAAAAGGAUCAGUUUAUGAAACCGUAUAUGGUACUCCUGAAUGUCCAUUCUGUGGAAAAAUAGAGGAUUGUAGCCAGGAUAUGGAAACUCAUGUGAAAACAAACCAUGCUGAUCUUUUAGAUGCUUCUUUCGAAGACUGUGAUCGCCCUCUCUAUGACUGUCCUAUGUGCGGGCUCAUCUGUUCAGAUUACCGGGUUCUCCAAGAGCAUGUUGACUUGCAUUUAGAAGAAAGCAGUUUUCAACAAGGCAUGGACAGAGUUCAGUGUUCUAAUGAUUUAGAAUUGGCUCACCAACUUCAACAAGAGGAAGACAGACAGAGGAAAUCUGAAGAAUCAAGACAAGAAGUAGAAGAAUUUCAGAAGCUACAGAGACAGUAUGGUUUAGAUAAUUCCGGAGGAUACAAAGAACAACAGUUACGGAAUAUGGAGAUAGAAGUAAACCGGGGCAGAAUGCACCCGUCUGAAUUUCAUAGGAGGAAAGCUGAUAUGAUGGAAUCCCUAGCUAUUGGUAUUGAUGAUGGAAAAACAAAAACUUCUGGAAUUAUUGAAGCGCUUCAAAGGUAUUACCAGAGCGCUGCCAUGGAAGUGAGGCACGUGUGGCUCUCCGCUGUGGUGGAUCACUUUCACUCAUCUUUAGGCGACAAAGGUUGGGGCUGUGGAUACAGAAAUUUCCAGAUGCUCCUUUCAUCAUUAUUGCAAAAUGAUGUUUUUGAUGACUGCUUGAAAGGUAUGUCAGUUCCUUGUAUCCCCAAAAUCCAGUCUAUGAUUGAAGAUGCCUGGAAGGAAGGGUUUGACCCUCAAGGUGCUACGCAGCUUAACAACAAGUUACAGGGAACAAAAGCCUGGAUUGGAGCAUGUGAAAUAUAUACACUCCUCACCUCCCUUAGGGUAAAGUGCCGUAUUGUUGAUUUUCACAAGUCAACUGGCCCUUUAGGCACACACCCUCGCUUAUUUGACUGGAUAUUAAAUUAUUAUUCUUCAGAGAGAGAAGGGAAUCAAAAGGUAGUGUGUACCUGUAAGCCUCCUAUCUAUCUUCAGCACCAAGGGCACAGUCGUUUGGUUGUUGGAAUUGAAGAGAAAAAGAACCGGACAUUAUGUUUACUUAUAUUUGAUCCUGGAUGUCCUUCUCGAGAAAUGCAGAAACUAUUAAAACAAGACAUAGAAGCCAGCAGUUUCAAGCACCUUCGGAAACCUGUGGGAAGUUUAAAACAUAAGCAGUACCAGAUAGUGGCAGUAGAAGGUAUUCUUUCUCCAGAAGAGAAAAUUGCCAGGAGGCAAGCUUCUCAAGUUUUUACAGCAGAAAAAAUUCCUUGAAGAAAAAAUUAUUUCAACAAUUGUGGCAUUGAACUUUAUUCUUCAAAUUCAGAGAUUGAACUCCUUAAUAUAACUUAAAAUCUAUGACUUCUCCAAGAAUUUAACAUAAUUUAAUUUCUAAAAUGUGUACAGUAAUUAAACCAUAGUUUUAAUAUUUCACUGUUUAGUAAUUAAUUACAUCAAUAAAGUGUUCUUUGCA